AGAGAGAGAGAGCGGCGGCCUGUGACGGGUCUGGGGUUACCGAGCGCUCCGGGUUGCGCGGCCUCUGGAGCAGGAGACGGAGGGUGGGAGCUACCAUCGCCAGGACUGGCUGGAGGGUACCGUGUUAUCGGAUGUCCGUAAUGAGGGAACAUUGUGUCCAGUAAGAGUUGCAGACCCGCUUCCUGCAUAUUUUGUGUGAAGACGCCAAAAUGAAUGUCAGAUCUGCUGCACUUUCGCCUCCAUUGCUGAGGACUUUAACAGUGCUGCUCUUGACUUCCUCAGCGUGGUCAGCCUGGCCAAGUGAAACUUUUGAUGUUGGUCGAGACUGGGACAAUCAGUUGGAGGCCUCAAUGCAUCCACUCUUUCCUGAGGUCAAAGAGAAUGUAGCACCAAUGACUGGAAUUCCAGACAGUUCUGGUGUGGUGGGCAGACCUUUCAGGAUCACUAUUCCGACUGAAUUUAUUGCCUCAGGUGAAGAAAUCGUGAAGAUCACAGAAGUUGGAAAGGAGACCUUGCCCUCAUGGUUACACUGGGACAAGAGUGUACUUGAAGGUCUUCCUUUAGAAGGUGACAAAGGAGUAUAUGACAUCUCUGUGACCACACUACUUCUUGCACCUAACGGCAGUUACGUACCACAAGCCUCAGAUGUUUUCUCUAUUGAGGUCCAUCCGGAGGACCACAACGAACCACAGUCUAUACGAGUGGCUGGUCAGGAAACAAAUGAAGCAAUGCCUUUUCUGUGUGGAACGGAUGAACCAGUAACAAUUCUCACUGUAAUUUUGGAUGCAGACUUGACAAAAAUGACACCAAAGCAGAGAGUGGAUCUUCUAAACAAGAUGAAGGACUUCUCUGAGGUAGAACUUUACCACAUGAAAUUAGUCCCAGUUGUCAACAACAGACUUUUUGACAUGUCUGCCUUUAUGGCUGGGCCAGGAAAUGCAAAAAAAGUAGUUGAAAAUGGAGCAUUGUUGUCUUGGAAACUUGGUUGCUCCAUGGAUCAGAGCAGUGUUCCAAACAUUCGUUCCGUUGAGGUUCCUGCUAAAGAAGGCACAAUGUCAGCACGACUUGGUUACCCUGUUGUGGGUUGGCACAUUGCAAAUAAGAAGCCUAACUUGCCCAAGAGGAUACGAAGGCAAAUUUAUGCUACCCCAACCCCAGUCACCGCAAUCGGCCCUCCUACAACUGCCAUCCACGAACCUCCUGUACGAAUUGUUCCAACUCCAACUUCACCAGCCAUUGCCCCCCCAACAGAUACAAUUGCACCUCCUGUUAGAGAACCUGUCCCUCUGCCUGGAAAACCAACUGUCACAAUAAGGACCAGGGGAGCUAUUGUUCACACUCCAACUUUAGGUCCUCCACACCCAACAAAAGUUGUGGAAACAACAAGUAUCAUCCCGGGUCACAUUCGUCCAACAAUGACCAGGCCUGGAUAUAUGGAGCCAACUGCUGUGGUCACCCCUCCAUCUGCUACUACAAAAAAACCAAAGGUGACCACAUCGAAGUCUGCCACACCACCAACUACAGAUUCCACCACAACAAGGAGACCUCCAAAACCAAAGACUCCUCGCGUCAAGACUCGUGUUACUACCAAAGCACCGACCAUUAAAAUUGAGACCACUUCUCCCAGCCGCACACGAGCAUCUACCAGUGGGAUCCCUCGGGUUCUUGAGCCCAAUACAGACCCUCAACUUACAAACCAUAUUGAUAAGGUUGUGGCAUGGGUGGGGACUUAUUUUGAAGUUAAAAUUCCACCUGACACGUUCUGUGAUAAAGAAGAUGGCACAACAGAUAAUCUGAGGCUCUCACUAGAACCUAGAAAGAAACCAACCGUUGGAGAGAGACUGUGGGUGAUCCUUAACAGUACUAGCCAAGUUAUGUAUGGUAUGCCUGACUACAAUCAUGUGGGAGACCAUGAGUAUUAUUUGAAAGCCACAGACAAAGGAGGUAGAACCGCUGUUGAUGCCCUGGAAAUCCAAGUCCGCAAUCUUUUCCAAAAACAACCAUCACCUGUUAAAUUUAAUGCAAAAUUCCAGGGAGAUCACAACUCAGUUAUAAAUGAUAUUAAUAAAAAGAUACAGCUUGUCAAGAAGCUUGCAUUUGCAUUUGGUGACCGCAAUAGCAGCUCUAUUACUUUGCAAAAUAUAACCAAGGGUUCUGUUGUUGUGGAGUGGACAAACAAUACCUUCCCUGUAGAUCCAUGUCCAAAAGAGCAAGUCGAAGCAGUAGGCAAAAAGAUUUAUGAUGAGCAAGGCAAACCACGGCAACAUUUUGUUACUGCCAUGGAACCAGAGUUUAAUCUAAUUGAUAUAUCACUUUCAUUCUCUGGAAGCUGUAGACAUAUGUACAAAUAUUUUCCAUUUGUUCCCACAAGUCCAGACAAGAUGGUUACUGCAGUGGCCCCAACUGUUGCUGCAGAUACAAAUCCGGAAAAGAGCAGUGAGGAUGAUGUGUACCUUCACACAGUAAUUCCUGCUGUGGUGGUAGCUGCCAUCUUGUUAAUUGCUGGUAUCAUAGCUAUGAUAUGCUAUCGUAAGAAGAGAAAAGGCAAACUAACGAUAGAGGAUCAAGCGACGUUUAUCAAGAAAGGUGUUCCUAUCAUCUUUGCAGAUGAACUGGAUGACUCCAAGCCUCCUCCUUCCUCCAGUAUGCCAUUGAUUCUCAAGGAGGAAAAGGCUCCUCUACCACCUCCUGAAUAUCCUAACCAGAAUGUGCCAGAGACAAUUCCCCUAAACCAAGACCUCAUGGGGGAGUACACACCACUAAGGGAUGAGGACCCUAAUGCACCCCCUUACCAGCCCCCUCCACCUUUCACAGCACCCAUGGAGGGCAAAGGAUCCCGCCCCAAGAACAUGACCCCCUACCGGUCCCCUCCUCCCUACGUACCCCCUUAAUGAACAUUUUCCUAUAUGAGGGGAGAUUUGGGGGCUUUGAGUUCCAAACCAGUGUUGUCCGUAGAAAUUUAUAGCCUGCAAUCUAUGGUCAAGAUGACAGAAAACUCUGCUGUUGUAAGCAAAGGAUCAAAGACUGGGAGACUUUUUUUUUUUCUUGCUUUCUUUAUACAAACCCCUGUAAAUGCCCUUCUCCCCCACAGGUUCUGGAACAUACAGGACAUAUGUCAUUUGCCUAACAAUUUUCAUAUUUGUGUUCCUACAAAUGCGUGCUCACUUCUAGAUAUUUAACAGAUUGCAGGCUUUCUAAAGACACUAAAGAGGAAGUGACUGGACUUCUAUUCAAGCACUGGGGUGGCCUUUUAGUUCUCUGCGGUUUGCCUUUAACACUAACUAUUUUAUUUUAUUUCACGAGUGUCUAGCUACAGGACAUAACAGGAAAAAAUAAUAAAAAUCCACAAACGUUUCCUUGAAAUUGAAACACUGAACGACUGAACACAAAUGCUGAAUUUUUACGUUUAAUCUGCUUUGCUACGUUCUGUAUAUCGGGGCAAUUCACUUUGCUUUAAAAUAAUCUGCUGCUGCAUUUCAAAAGUAGAAUCUUGUAUAUGCGCUUAUUUGAACACACAGUAUUCUGUUUCGUAGAAACAAGUAAUUUCACAGCGGAAAAGAUUUGUUUUUACCCCACAAUUAAGGUUCUCUAUUUUCCCUUGGGAAGAUAUGGAUCUUUUUGGGUUAGGUGAUUGUGCUAUUAAGUUAACAUGACCGUAACAUUGAUCUGUUACCACCCCUGCCUAAAUUUGGUUCCAUGUGUUUAAUAUAAAUGUAUUCCAAACAAAAUCCUUCAGGUUCUCCAUUUUGAAAUGCUGCCAUGGAAUUAUUUUAGGUAAAGAUGCAAUAUUUGUAUUUGUUUUAAGUAUUUUGAUUUGCCCUCUCCUACUUGCAGAGAUAUUUGCAGUAAUCUUGAUCACACUUUCUGCUGCCCCGCUUCGCUCAUUUGGUGCUGUUCCCAUAAGGCAACGAAUUAAGCAAUCAGUUAAAAAAAAAAACAUUUUGAUACAGCCUCAAAACUUUUAUUUAAAGAAAAACCUAUAAAAUGGCAAUGUCAUAGCAUUUUCUAUAAUCAUAGCUUAUUAGGACGUUAUACUUAAGUGCGGUUUGCCUUGUUUGCAUCUCAUAGAUCACUAUCAGCUUUGUUCUUUUUAUUUCUUUGUUUUGCUUUUUUUUGAUUUUAGGUAUUUCUAAGUUUUAAUGUAUUUAUCAUAAUUUUAUAGGGGGAUUUUGACCCUCCUUAUGCUCUUGCUUUCCCCCUUGGAUCUAAAUUUUGUUUCUGAGCAUGAUUUUUCUUGACUGUUUUUUUCAUUUUGUUUUAUGAUGAAAGAAAAAAAAAUAUUUUGCAAUAAUGUUUCAUGCCUUUGAGUGUUGAAGAGUUCGCAGAUUCUGCACACAAUACAAGACACACUUAAGCCAUA